GCGAGCUUUGACCAAACCACGACAUAGUACGGUCGAGAUCAUGAAGUACACGGGUGUCGCGUUGUUGGCGCUUUUGGCCAGCAUCGCGCUGUUGAUGAGUCAACAAGCAAAUGGACUAUCCGUACGGCCACGGCGAGAUCUGAUAGAGAUGGGUAAGGCCGUAGUGCUGCAGGGAGCCGCCAAGGUUAAGGAAGCGCUGGAUCACGGUGUGAGCAUGAAAUCGGAAGGCAAACGUUCAGUCGACGUGUUCGGGUUCAAAUUUGGCGGAGAAACAGCCGUUAAGGGUGGUUUUGGAGAUGCCGCUAGCGAAGGCGCUUCCGAAAACGAGGACGAUCUGGAACGACGCCGACGGGCGGUAGAUGUCCUUGGGGCGGCCCACGCAGUUAGUCUGCUUCCCCAAACGCCCUUUGGCACGAACGUCAACGUGGUGCGCGUCAGCUCGGUUUCGAAUGUGAACAACUUCGGAGAAAUCCCUCCAGUGGCACCAACGGCAACGGUACCUGCGGAGGCUCCAGCAGAACGUCGUCGUCGUCGUCGAUCAGCCAACAUGCUGCAGUUGACCAAUUUCGUGAAAAGCUCGGCUAAGCUAGACAGCGAAGUGCUCCAGGGUGGCUCGGUAAAGACCCACGAGGCUCUGGAAUCUGUUCGCGGGCAAACUCGCACAUUGGUUAAGGAUGUUGCGGCUCGCAACAAGCGAUCACCUCAGUCGGAAGGAUCGGAUGAUGGAGACGACUCCACUGGAGGUCCUCCGAAGGGUCCACCACGUGGAGGACCACCUCGAGGUCGUGGUCCACCACCUGGUGGAUGUCGUGGAGGUCCACCACCUGGUGAGGAGGACUCUUCCACAACGGCAGCUACGGCUCAGCGUCGUAAGCGUGAGACACAACCCGAACCGAAACGUCCAAAGCGCUCUCCUAAACGUCCUCAGAAUGCAUCCUGCCGUGGAGGUGGUGGCCAGAACACAACCCCACCGAGUGAUGGAUUGCGUCGGAAGCGAGACACUUCGGCUGAGGACAGUGACUAUAGCGCGUCGAGCGAGUCCUCUGAGUCUCACGAACGUCGGGAACGAUCGGUUGAGGAUUUGCGACGUGUUCGACGAGAGCCGCUUGGAGAUAUGCCUGGACAGGUGGGCACGUGGUUCGAACAGCUGGCCGGUGUGUUUGUCGAAACCGUCAAGAAGGUGGUUGAUGUGACGAAGAAGUCCUUCAACAAGGGCCAGGCGGAACAGUAACAGGUGGUCGUCGAUUUUCUUUUCGCUUCUCACGCUUCUCGGUCUUCGUGGUGCUGUGAUUUUGUGGUGGCGUCGAUCCAAGCAAACUGAAACGAGCUUUUCUACUGCGUACCCCUAGAUAGGCACAGGUUUAAUAAAAUGUUAUGAUUUACAAUGAA